AUGUCAGCCAAAUUAGAAGAUGGAAAUGAAUAUGAUCAAGGAUCAAAUGGACCGAAUCAAAUAAAUUCAGCAACAUUAUCCAACCCACCAGAUGACGAUGAUGAUGAAGAUGGACCAUCAACUGGUAAAACUCAAAAAGAAAGAAGAAAAAUUGAAAUUAAAUUUAUUCAAGAUAAAAGUAGAAGACAUAUAACUUUUAGUAAAAGAAAAGCAGGUAUAAUGAAAAAAGCUUAUGAAUUAAGUGUUUUAACUGGUACUCAAGUCUUAUUGUUAGUUGUUUCAGAAACUGGGUUAGUUUAUACUUUUACAACACCAAAAUUACAACCAUUAGUUACAAAACCUGAAGGUAAAAAUUUAAUUCAAGCUUGUUUAAAUGCUCCAGAAGAAGGUUUAGAUAAUGAACAAGGUGAUCAAAGUGAUGGAGAAAAUGCCGAAUCACCAGAACAAAGUCCAGUACCAGUCCAACAACAACCUCAAUCACAACCUCAACAACAACAACAACCUCAACAACAUUUACAUCAACAACAACAACAACAACAACAAGCUCAUUUACAACAUCAACAAAACGCAGCAGCAGCAGCAGCAGCGCAACAUGCUCAACAACAACAUCAACAAGUUCAACAAGGUGGUCAAUCUCAACAACAUCCUCAAAUGCAACCAUUACCUGGUCAACCUCAUGGAUUACCUCCUCAUUAUGGUAAUCAACAACAACAACAACCAGGUCAAGGUCAAGGUAAUCAACAACAAGUUCCAUAUGGUGAUUAUGCUUAUUUUUCAAAUAUGCAAAAUAAUAAUAUACCUAAUCAACAACAAUAUCAAUAG